AUGCUUGCUAUAUGGAACAGCUUGAACGAGCUCCGAAGCUACAGGCAGAAUUAUCUGAUGACGGAUUUCCCGAUGAGGUUGUGCCAAUUUGAAAAACAUCAUACAAUAAGGAGAAUGGUUGUGGAGCAGAACAGAAUAUCUAAACAUCAAGCCCUUCAUAUUCAGAUAGUUAUAAAUACUGAGUGGGGUGCAUUUGGAGAUGAUGGAAGUCUGAAAUUCAUUUAUACGGAUUUUGAUCGGCAAGUAGAUGAGAGUAAAGAUAAACCGCGCCAAUUCAGCUUCGAAAAAAUGAUAGCGGGAGUGUAUAUGGGCGAAAUAGUACGAUUGGUGAUUGAAACUUUAGCGAAAGAAGGUGUUUUAUUUGGUGGAGAAGUGGAAGCCAUUUCGCGAAAAGGCUGUUUCAAAACAAGAUUUAUAUCAGAUAUUGUAGAAGAUCUCGUCGGUGAGGAUGAAAAAACAUUUCAAACUACAAAUCGUACACUUAGCCAGCUUGGAGUGAGAAAUCUGUAUUUUGCAGAUUGUGCCAAUGUUGCUUAUAUCUGUAGUGUAAUCAGUGCAAGGCAAGCAUUUUGUACAAAUACCUUUGAUCCAAGGGCGGCUCAUCUGUUAGCAGCUGGCAUUGCAACUCUUAUAAAUAGACUGCAGCGACCUAUGGUAACAGUUGGUAUAGAUGGAUCUAUUUAUCGAUACCAUCCUCUCUUUCCAAAGUUGCUGGAUGACAAAAUCGCUGAGCUUAUCGACGAAAAUCUACGAGUACUUAAAACGCAUGCAAAAAUCAUCACCGCGCUUACCAAACCAUUUCAGUACAAAUUGAUGUUAUCCGAAGAUGGAAGUGGAAUUGGAGCAGCAGUAGUUGCUGCAGUUGCGGCUCGUAUGAGAGAACCGAGAGAAGAAGAGCCUCCUUCAGAUAAAGUUAAAAUAGAAGAAAAUGAAAACGUAGAAUCUUAA